UAUUGCUAAUCUAUUCUCUAAACGACGCCGUUUAUUGGGGUAAGAUUCCAAUCUUAUCCCUCUCACGAUUCUAAAUAGAUGGUCAAACUUGUGUUUCCCUAAACUGAUAAUUGAAACUCGAGAAACCAGAAAUGGAGAAUCCAACUGUAAUCAAGCUAAAGCCAAUAGAAGCAACCCCAGAAAGCUUCAAAGAAUUCGGACAAGUCAUUGAAGCAUCCCCUGAUGGAGAAGAGUGUGGUCCAAACGAUGCUCAAUUAGACCUUUCCAAAGGAAUUCCCAGGUUUUACAUCAUGAACCUUCGGAACCGACCGCAUAGGUUUUCGACGAUUACGCAUCAUGCGAGUGUGACACAAUGCCUUGGAUCUAUCGGAGGUCAUGUUUGGUAUCUCGGAGUUGCUAAGCCAUCCUUGGUGGAUUCGAAAGAAGUUGAGAAAGAAAAGGGGAAGAUGGCGGUGCAAUCUCGUUUUGGUCAUUACUACGUGCCUCCAGCCAUUGAUGAUGUUCAUGUUUUCAGAAUUGCAGGUCCUAAGUUUAUUAAACUUAAUUGCGGAACAUGGCAUGCCGGGCCUUUGUUUAAAGCAGAUGCAAUGGACUUCUACAACUUAGAGCUACACGAUACCAAUGUAGUGGAUCAUACAAAUCACUCCUUCAAGGAAAAUGGAGUCAUGUUUUCAUUUGAAGACUAGCCGUACCUUUCUUCAUUGUUGAGCUCAUCAUCAAUGGAAACGAACUGGUUCGAAAGGAAUUGCAGAUGCCAGAGAUGUCUGAAAAUUGUCAUUCAUCAUUGGAAGCUAGUUCUGAAGGAAUUGGAAAUGUCCGAUCAUUUUCAGAGUUGUGAAAACUUUCCAUAUUAUUUUAUAAUUUAUAAACACGUGUGGAUUUUGUUCUUGUUCGAGUUUCAUCCUAUGUAAACCGUUCUUCGGACUUAUUUUGGUUUAAGUUCUAUUAUGUGUGGGCGGGUGGGUCUAUUGGUGUUAAUAAAUUCUCUGCUUGUUUGGUUUGUUCA